AUGAAUCCCAACUCCAAAAUUCUUUCGAAUCAGUGGAAGUCAUUGAAAGACUCGGGAAGAUAUCAUCGACUUGUGGGAAAACUCAACUAUCUUACAGUCACCAGACCAGAUAUUACAUUUACGAUUAGCAUUGUGAGUCAGUUUUUAAACGCUCAUUUUGAUAGUCAUUGGGAUGCAGUCAUUCGAAUUCUUAGAUAUAUAAAUAAUGCACCAGAAAGAGGACUAUUAUAUGAAGAUAAUGGCGAUGCUAAAAUCAUUUGUUAUUCAGUUGCAGACUGGGCCGGAUCACCGUCAGAUAGGAGAUCCACAUUCGGAUAUUGUGUUAUGAUUGGAGGCGUCACUACUAUAUUUGCUAUUGCUCCUGGACAGAUGCAAAACAAGUCUAAUAUCUCAAGAAAUCCUGUUUCCCUUAACGCAUUAGCUUAA